GAGCAGACAACCCCGCAGACGAGCCUCGCUUUUUGAUCAGCGGCCACGGCACGCCUAAGGGCCAGGCGGAAGGACCUGAAAAACCAGCUGCCUGAGAUUAUUACUCUCAACUCCGGCGCAACAAGUGAGCAAGCGUGGAGCCUCCUCCUCCUCUGCACAUAAACACUCUGAUUCCCACAGAAACCACACACUCAGUGGCAUCUCUGGUGCGUUUUUAAACUCUUUUGUUCUUUGUUUCUGUCUGUCCCGUCUGUGUGUACCUGUGGGACUGCCACUUCAGCAGCACCUGGGAUUUAUUUCCUCUCUCGGAGUAGCUCACACACUCCUCUACUCCCUUGUGCCUCCCUCCGCAAACUUGCUGUGACUGUCAGCCCUUACACUGGUGGACUAUGCCCCCCUCAGUCAGCUGAGGGAGGGGGCUCUGUGCUGCUCAGGCUCCCAUCUGGAGAAGGCAGGGGCUGAAAUCAAAGAGGAGACAGUUAGGUUAUUGCUGAAGAUGCAAGCUUCAACUGUCUCACCUGUGACCAACACUACAGUACCUUCAAACACAACCACAGUCACAAAGACAAAAGAACAAAUACUUAUCCAGAGUUCUGGGGCAAUGAUCGCUGUCAUCGUCAUAGGUAUCAUCAUCAUUCUCGCAAUUCUCCUCAUCAUCCUGAAGACGUACAACAGACGGACCCAUGCAUCCAGAGUGCUGGGAGCCAGCGGUGGCUCCAAACCUCGCCCGAAGAUGUCACAAUCCACAGUUCAAAGCAGCAUGCCGCUGAGCACCAUGGGAGUCAACUCUGUGUCUGGCAGCAUCUCCAAUUCAAACCCGACCUCGGAGAACAGCUUCCAGCUGCCCACAACGGAGCUGAACGCCACGGAGGAAAACUUCAUAGAGCAGUCCAGCACCAUCAGCGAAUCCACGGCGAUCACCAUACACUCUUCUCCGUCAAUAGAAAACACAUAGCAACAAGACUGUGGUUUGUCUCACAACAACCGGCACUGACUGAUGUGUCGUCUUCAUCCGUGACCACUCGCUGUGUGCUGACUGAAUCCUGUGGAAACUCGAUCCGUGACUUCAGUGCUGUCGAUCUCCACCAACCGAGCCACUGCUGGUGAAUACGAUGAUAACAAGAUGUCCUUUAGGUGUGCAAAAAAUAUACAUCAUGAACAAAAUAGUACCAUAAACACAUAAAAUGGAUUACAUGAAGGAUGUUGCAUGACGGCAAACUGAGACUUUCAUGAGACUUUUGGCUACAGUCAGUGUUCAGAGUAUAGAUGCCAGAAGUUUCCUGCUGUUUUAAUACUAAUUCAAUGAAGAUGUGUAGUAAAGACUGUAAUGGCUUUGCUCCUAAGUGUGUACAUUUCUGUAUUUAAGAGGACCACAUAGGUUCAUGAGAAACUGUAAGUUUAGUAUGAACUCCAAAGAAGACAAAGACAGUAUAAAAGAAUGGAUAACUGUAUGAUGAAGGAAAGAGUUUUGAGAUUUUUUUUUUUAUUUAACAACAAAAUUACUAACUAAAUCUGGUUUAUAUUGCAUUUUACUGUCUUUGUUUUCCGAUCGCAGAUUAGUUUUUGUGUAAGAAAUAUAUAAAAUAUCAGUGUAUUUUUUUUUACCAUGUAUAAAGAAGAGACCACAGAGAUAUUAUGUGUGUGUCAGUUUAACUUGCUGAUGUGAAUCCUUUUUAGUUUGACGCCAAAGGAUUUUGCACUUUACUUUUUUUCGCUCCGGUAUUUUCAUUGU